AUGGCAGCGAAACAAGGUAGUGCUAAUAUGGCGGUGGUGAGCAAAGUGUAUUGUUCGACUUGCGAUGAAAUUCUUGUUGUAAGGAGGCGGCCGAACGUGACCAAUGGCGGUGGCUUUGUGGUGGCGGAUGACGGCCAGAGGCUCGUUUUCAGUGUCGACGGAUGUGGGGUUAUUGGCCGGAAACACGAGCUUUUUGUCAGGGAUGGCAAUGGAAAUCCAUUGCUUCUCAUCAGGCGAAAGCAAGGAGGGAUUGUUGAAGCCUUGAGCUUCACAAAGCAAUGGAAAGGCUUCAAGUACGACUUCUUAGGGUCUGAAAAGCUCGUUUUUGCUUUAAACGAGCACAACUCGUGCUUUACGAGCAAUAAUCCAAUCAGAAUCUUCGUAAAAUCAAAGGAACGUUGUGAUUACGGUUACUUUGAUGUUCGAGGCGACUUCCCGGGAAGAUGCUGCUCCAUUGUCAACCCUAAGGGAGAUGCAAUAGCACAAAUUGGUGUGGAGGAGGAGGUACAACAAGUGAUGAGAAGCAGGGAUUUGUACCAUGUCCAAAUUAAAGCUGGGAUAGAUCAAGCUUUUAUCUUUGGAGUGAUUGCUGUUCUUGACUACAUAUAUGAUGGGUCCACAAGAUGCUAA